AUGUCACACGAACAGACAUCGGAUUUUGUUGGUGAUAUACAGCUUCUGACAGCAGACGAUGAAGAGCAUGAAAAAUGCCAAUUUCAUACCGGGCAGUCAUUUACAGCAAGCUGUAGCCAAUGCGAUCAGUUAGUAUGUCUGAAAUGCAUAGUUUCAACUCACAAAGGUCACACAUUUGAAGAUCUUGGCGAUCUGAUUGAAGUCUCUAAUAAAAUGAUUGUGAAAAUCAAAGCCGAAAACAUAGAAAAAAGAAUGGCGGUUUUGAUGAAAGAAAGCGAAAGCGCAGAGAAGGGAGUAAAAAAGAUACAGGAACUAAACAACCUUACCGAGCCCGAAAUUCAAGGCGAAUAUUUGAGCUGUAUGGAGAGGAUUGACAAGGAUAGGGACCAGCUUAUAAUGACGCUGGAAGCAGAUUUGAAAAGAGCAGAAGAAAGACAAAAGAAGGUUUUAGAGAAAUUAUCAGGUGUACGGAAAGACUUGCAGACUACUGAAAAUGUGCAAAAGGAUGGAAAUACUGUUCAAAUUAUUCAGUUAUGCAGAAAACUGCAAAGCAAGUACGAGGAAAAUGUCCAAGGGCCAUUGGAAGAAAAUAAAGUAAUUGCUAGAAAAUCGAAAUUCCUUGCACAUGACAAACAUUCCAAUGUUCUUGGAGAAUGCCCUAUUGUCCCUGAAUUCGAACUCUACGGCGUUUAUCAGAUAAGUUUGGCGACGAUUUCGACCUUAAAGAACCUCCUAGAGGACGAAACAUGGGUGGCAGGAGUUCAGUCCCCCUUAACACUUAGACUUCACGUCCCACACAGCAAAAACAAGAGCGCAAUAAAAUAUAAAGUUAACAAGGGAUUUGUGUACAGCCUUGCCUUCACGAAAGAAAACACAGUUGUAUUGAUGACGUUUGUUAGUAUUCACGAAAUACGUGCGUAUGAUUUGCAACACGUCGAUGACAAGGGUGUCGUGUUUGUCGAUACAAGAAAACUUUUUCCCUUGGGUCUGGAAGUAUCCCAGAACGGCGACGUUUACGCAUGCGCAAGUGAACGCUACUCCAAAGACAUGUCUGCUAAUACGGAAAGAGGCAUUCUUCGAAUUUCAAAAACAGGCCAAGUUUUGAACUUUUUCCAGUUCGAAGAGGUCGUAGGAAACUUCAUAUUCCAUUAUCCAUCAUGUCUGACAGAAAAUAUUGAUGGAAGCCUGUGUGUCAUUGAUCGACACAGCCAUUUUUCAGGUCGUGUUGUGGCACUUAACACGUUUGGGAAGAAGAUUUUUACUUACGAGCGCCCACCUUCUGUCUCAGCCAAAGAAGAAAUGGAUCUAAAAUACAUAACACGCGACAAAUUCGGAAACCUCUUAAUCUCCGACUGCAUCAAUAAUCGUGUUCACCUGAUUUCUAAGUCUGGGAUGUUUAUUUCAUUGAUUCUCUGUCCAGAUGAAGAAAUAUCUGUUCAACGUCCUGAGGCGCUUCACGUAGACAAGUUUGAUAAUUUAUGGAUUGGAUGUCGAUCCCAAAAUCCCAACACCUUAACUUGCCAGGUCAUGAAAAUAAGAAUGAACUAUUAA